GAUUUAGAGCAAGAUUCGGCGUAAGCCUUUGCAGUCUCCCCGAGAAACGCUUCCGGUAUCAGGACUUGACCCAAUGCUGUCCUUCCCAUGUCUCGGCUGCCGCAAAGCCCCAAAAGUUCCCCUAAGUCUGCCACUUCCGGCCCGGAGAAGACUCCAACGGCUUCUACAGCGGAAGUGGUACAAAGGAGAAGUGCGGACUCCUUCCGGUUCCGGCCUCGCGAGCUCCGGUGUGACAACAUGAAACUGCUCACCCACAAUCUCCUGAGCUCGCAUGUGCGGGGCGUGGGCACGCGUGGCUUCCCGCUGCGCCUGCAGGCCACCGAGGUCCGCAUCAACCCCGUGGAGUUCAACCCGGACUUCGUAGCGCGUAUGAUCCCCAAAGUGGAGUGGGCGGCGCUUGUGCAGGCAGCGGACACGCUAAACUUGGCCGAGGUACCCAAAGAGCCCACAGAAGGCUACGAGCACGACGAGACGUUUUUGAGGAAGAUGCACCACGUGUUGCUUGAGGUUGAUGUACUGGAGGGCACCCUGCAAUGCCCGGAAUCUGGUCGUCUUUUCCCCAUCAGCCGCGGGAUCCCCAAUAUGCUGUUGAAUGAUGAUGAGACCGAGACGUAACCUUGGUAGCCCCCACUUUGGUAUUUUGUGACCGUGUUUCCUUUGUAUGGACUGUUAACUAUAUGUGUCAUGUGUGACCCCAAACUUCCCCCAGUGACUCACACACCACCAUGUACAUGAGCUCCAUAGUAUAUUUUUUUUUCUCAUUAAAGGUUCAAAACCAAAA